AUGGAUAAUAAGGAGUUUGAUGAAAGGUUAAUUUUAAAAGUGGAGGCCAAUCCAGUGCUUUACAAUAAAGCCGACCCUUUCUAUUCCGAUAGAAAUAAGAAGGAACAAAUUUGGAAAUACAUUGGAUAUGUUUUGAAUGCAGAUGUAACAACGUGCAAAGAUAGAUGGAAGAAUUUGAGAGAUACAUUCUCGAAAUAUUACAAAAAAGAAAAAAAUGUGCCGAUUGGGUCGCAGGCAUAUGCGAAGAAGCCAUGGCCGUAUUUUGAAAUAAUGAAGUUUUUAGUUCCGAACAUCGAAGUGCCAAGAACUGUCAUGAAUAUGGCACGAGGAAAAGAAAACUCAUUCCAAUUGCAGGAUGAUUCCGAGGACUCAUUCCCUACGGUAUCAUGCUGGACUUCAGAAACACCAUCACCACCAGCAAGAAAGAGAAAAAGGGAGUCUGAUACUGAAAAGGAUUUGGCGGCAUUGACUCAAAUCAAUGAGCCAGAGUCAACUCCGCUGGAGACAUUUUUUUGUCACUCGCACAACGUGCCAGUUCUUGGACCCGGCGGAAGCAAUCAAAACUUGAGGUGCAGACAUUGA